AUGGCGAGGGUCAUCAUCGAAGAGAAGAAGGGCCCGGUGACUUGGGUUUCGCCAUUGGUAGUCGUUGGGAAGGCGAACGGUGAACCCAGGAUAUGCCUUGAUCUGAGAAGGGUAAACGAAGCUGUUUUGCGAGAGCGACACCCAAUGCCGAUGAUUGACGACUUUCUUGCCAGAAUCGGACCAAAUAUUAUUCGCAGCAAACUGGACUUCAAAGAUUCAUUCUUGCAGCUUGAGUUAGAUGAAGCUUAUAGAGAUGCGAUGGUAUUCCUGACAGCCCGUGGACUCUACAGAUUUAAGCGUAUGCCGUUCGGGCUAGUUUCGGCCCCGGAAGUUUUCCAGAAGACGAUGGACGCGAUUCUUGCCGGCUGUGAGGGUACUUGGUGGUACAUUGACGAUGUGUACAUCGAAGGCAAGGACAAGAAAGAGCAUGACGAACGGGUUGCGAAGGUAAUGUAG